GGUGAAAGCAGGAGAAGAAAGCACUGUGCUAACUAAAGAGAGAUGAGACUCAGUCCCCAGAGAGUCAGAGAGGCUCUAUAUAAGGCACCCCAAAGACAGUUUAUUCUACGUUCGAAGUUGUCAACUGCAAAUUGAGGAAAUGUCACCAUAUAAUCCAUCUCCUCCGCAGGUCUCUUAGUUAAUUCUUCUCAUCCGCACUUGCUCCUCGUCACAUCUCAUGAAAUGACAGUUUAAUUUGCUCUUAAAUGAGAAAAUGAGAGAGUUCACCAUUUUAAUCUCAUCAGCAUUAAUUUUCCCAUCUACAUUAACCCAUUAAACCCAACACAACUUCGAUCCUUAUGACGGAGGUCACAUUUUUAUACGAAAUUCGCAGUACCAGUAUUUGCCCGAAAACGUGUUUGCGUAUAUUCCUUGACGUUUUCUCACCACUAUCCAUCCAUCCCACUUGAAAGACUAAUCCUUAGAAGCUGACAUUAAUUUUAGAUUGAAAUUAGACACGACGAAAUAAGCAUAACGUGGAUUUCACUUUUCAUGCCCCAUGUGCUUUCACGUCAUCUUCUUAAACAAGUGCAUAUACGUCCUGUUCCUUUACCUUUCCGUCUUCCUGCUCAUCAACUGGUGGGAUGGGAGUAUUAAUAAGUGGCAAAAAUGGGCAGAUGCGAUACGAUGGGAGAGGAGAAAGUAUGAAACUUGAGACAUGACAUGCCAUGUAUACGCAUACAUAUGUACUUACAUACUUUUUAGGAAGUGAGAACGAGUCUAACUUAUGCUAAUGUUCCAUCUAUAUAUGGUGGUAAUGUAAUGUAAUAGGAAUGAGAGACUGACAAACUCGUUCUCUCUCCUCAACUUUCUCUCUUUCCCAAACCUGGAUGACUCUAAAGAUACUUUCUCCUAAUUUUUCAUCCAUCAUUAUUAAUGAUAGUCCUGCUUGAUCCACCCACACAUUCGCCAUGGCUCACUUAAUGCACAUAUCUGAUCCCCUUCUUAAGUAUGCAGAUGUACUUCUUAGACGGAUGAAUCUUCAGACCGUGUGAGUGAAAACCUGGAAUUAGUACUGCACGGAAUAGUAAAGUCAUAUGUACAUUCAUGUUGGUCCUCUUUACCUAUUUAUUAGGUUGCAAUCUAUUUUUGCUCAUUUGCUCUUCCCCUAAAAGUAAUAUUACAAGUGAGCAAAUUGAAGUGCGUCAAACUGAGACGGGUUGAACCCAUGUUUGUUUGUGCAGUACACAUAUGUACAUCUCAUCAUCUACGUACGCGACCUUCCCUUUGAGGGAACUUGAGACGAAUUGAUGUGAUGGAUCUGUUUUCCAGCUUCCUUGGGCUAAUAAGUGAAAGGGGAGCGGAGAUGGAGGGCUGGGAGGAGAAAAUAGUUUGGAAACAAUAGCAAUUUGUUUAAGUGGAUGAAGUCAUAUAAAUAGAAAAAGAGGUGCUGUAUUUUACCAACUGUUUAAUGGACACAACCGCAACCACACACUCCUCCUUAUGAAGUGAUCAGUGAGUGAAUGAAUGAUGGCACAAUGCUUCCUUUCCUUGGAGAGUGAGAGAGAAAGUUGGGUUGCUCGCAUGCAUUUCCAAGUCUUAAUGUUCCCUGUGAACGUAGCAUGCUCGAUUCAGCAUCGUGAUAUGAAAUUGUGAGAGGAUGAGAAUUGAGAACCCUCGCCAUGCAUGAUGGGGGAGAUUGGUCAUGCACACAAUGGAAUCUCAGCUAUUUCUGAUACGUAAUCCGAUCUGCAAAUUGCGAAAAAAGUAUAUGAUGAUGAAUUAAAAAAGCCCAGCCCAGGGCAACUCAAUGCUGACGUUUUGUUGGUGCGGCCAAGGGAAAGAAAGCCCAUUUCUCCGGAGAAAAUAUGCUUACACCUCCACCACGACACGGCUGCAGAGAGUUCUGUAAGUAUGAACUCCAUUUGUCACUUGCAAGAGAGGAAGGACUUACAUCCAUCUGUAUGGACGCCUUUUCGACAUAAAUACAUAAUACGCGUGAGAAUGGGUGUCGUAAUUUCGGGGAGAAAGUAUCCACAAAAAGCAUGGCACGCAGCAGGGAAGGGAAAAUAAAUGUAUAUAUGAAGAGACUGGUAGUUUCUGUUGCAUUUAAGUAACAUUUUGAUAAUGUGGUGCUGUGGGUGUGUGGGAGGCAGCACGACGGCCACCACCGUCCUCAAUCCCUUCAUCGAAAAGUAUAAAAGGCAGCGAGGGGGAGAGACGCCACCGCAUUUGCCCUCCACGCACUCUGCUACACAAUUAACCUCUCCACCCAGACGCAGACGCAGAAACAAGCGUUCACUUCCGGACAUCGCAGAAAUUCAGACAGAAUAUAAUAAUGUUCUUGGAGGGAGCUGUUCGUCAGCAAGAGUGGGUCCGACUUGGGCGUCUGGGGCUGCUGGGAGUGGUUGUCAUCCUACUCGUGUGUCCAGCACUUGGUCGGAACUUGGGGGGCGGAGGGACAGGGGCGAUGAUGGCGGAUCAUCAUCACCAACAACCAGUGUCUGAGGGGCAUGAGGAAGAGAUGAGCAUGAAUCUGCACCCUAUCGAUGUCUGCAUCUUUUCUUGUGAUCUCUGCUUCAAGAGCGAAGCAUUGGUUCACUGUGCCAACGCCUGCAUUCUGUCGGAGGGAGCCAUGGAGGCAAACUGGCGACGCAUCUGCAAGGUGUUCCAGCCCCCAGCCACCCCCCUCGGCUUCCUCUAGUUCACCGUUACCAACAUGACACUAGCAUCAGCAGACAGGCACACACUUUCGUUUUACCGAUUUACUCAGAACGUGCGACUUCAGGAGACUUCGUAUUCACAUGCGUUCUUGCUACUCGAUGUGCAAUCAUUAAUAUAGACAAGAUACAUAGUUUUAUAGCCAUCAGCUAUCGUCUAAUUUAAUUAAUACCCAAUUGGUUAUAAUCCUGUAGGAAUAUAUUCUAGAUCUAUAAGUUGAUUGAUUAAUAAAAAUUAAUUGGUCCGUAAGUCAAA